CCUAUUUCUUUGUUUUUUUUUUCUUAUUACGGAUUGGCUUAAAACAGAUUCCAUGAAGGAAAAAAGAAAAAGAAGUUGUAAUUUGUAAGAUAAAAAAAAAAUAAUUAAAAAUUCUUACAAUGAAAUUACGUAUUGAUGAUGACUGUCACUGAGACUGAUCUUGGGACAAGAGUCGUGCGUUAGAUUUUCUGCUGCAUUAACUUUUUUUUUUUUUUUUUUUUCAAUAAUUAAAUUAUAAAUAUAUGUGGAAUGGGAAACAGAGGAGUUAUUGUUUUGGGAUAAUCUCGAUGAUGAUGGCUCGCAAAGUCACACCGACGUACGUACCGACCUUGACCAGUCUUUGUUUAUUAAGCUUACUCCUUGGGCUAGGCUUUCUAAUGGAUCUUUCUAAGGCCUACUUGGCAAUAAUCUACAAACGACUUUUUAAAAAAAUCAUUUAAAUUUGGAUAUGCAAGACUUGCAAGUACUAAUCUGAAUCUGGCUGGACCCAUGAGAUUCGAACUUCAAAUAUCCGAAAAUUCUUUGUGAGCUUCCAACAACAAGUCUCGGCAGCGGAUCUCGUGAAGGUGUAGGUGCCAUCUUUCAUCUUUGUUUUCUUGGGGAACAUAUUGCCAAAGUGAACUCUCUGUCUCUCUCUCUCUCCCUCUCUCUAAUGGCGACGCUCUCAGUCUACCUCUACAUUCCCAAUAUCGUUGGGUACAUAAUAGUUCUCUUGAACUGCAUUGCCUUCUCUGUGUGCUUCUCCAACAAGACACUCUUCUCGCUCUUGUACUUUUUCAGUUUUUGUUGUGAUGCUGUCGAUGGAUGGUGCGCUCGUAAAUUCAACCAAGGUUCUCUUCUUUUUUAGCUCAACCAACUCAUUAUUGACAGAGUCAGCACUGCCUGUCUUCUCGUGAUUCUCUCCCAGAUAUACAGGCCUAGCUUGGUUUUCCUGUCAUUGCUCGCUCUAGAUUUCGCUAGUCACUGGCUCCAAAUGUACUCUACAUUUCUAUCAGGGAAGGCCAGCCACAAGGAUGUGAAAGAUAGCACGAGCUGGCUCUUUAGACUCUACUAUGGAAACCGGAUGUUCAUGGGUUAUUGCUGUGUUUCCUGCGAGGUUCUUUAUAUAAUCCUUCUUCUCAUAGCAAAGAACCAAACCGAAAACUUGAUGAACGUGGUAGUGAAAUCAUUGAUGCAGAUUUCACCGCUCUCUUUACUCUUGGCUUUGAGCAUCUUUGGUUGGUCGAUCAAGCAGAUCAUCAAUGUGAUUCAGAUGAAAACGGCUGCAGAUGUUUGUGUCCUGUAUGACAUAGAGAAACAGCAUAAGAAGCCUUGACGUUAUGUGCCCAUGAAUCGUGUUUAACUCUUUUGUUUCAUGUUGUGUACAUACGGAUCCAUCUUGUUUAGUGGUGGAUGUAGAUAAAACUCUUGUCUUUGAAUCCAUUCGCUAUUUUCAGAAAUUUCAUGUCUUCUAA